UAUAAAAAAGAAAAAAAAAAAAAAAGAAAUAAGGAAUACUGUGUAUAUGUAAAAUAUUGGAAAAGUGAUAGAUUUUUAAUAAAAGAUUUUAUUCUCGACUGGAUAAUAAUUUAGUGCUGCUGUUGAAAGAUCGACGUAUCUAUCAAUGCAUCAUAAAAUCAAUGCGAAAAAUUACAAUAAAAUAAACAGUGAUCAAAGAAGAAGCCAGCGGUUGUAGUUUUCUAUAUGCAUGAAUACGUAGGGAUAAAUUUGUGUACUUUUUCUCAUUCGCCUUUGCCUCCUUUAACACUGCAAUAUUUUUUCCAUUAGCCAAGCAAAAGGCGAAAAUUGCUUGCGUUUUUUCUCUUUCUUAAUAUCACACAUCAUUAUAAUUUUUCUACUGUGCGAUUAUAUUGAAACCCUGAUCUAUUAACUGGUAAUUAGAAGAAAAAUAAUGAAAUAUAAAAAAUGAACAUAAAAUAGCAGAAGUGAACAAUUCGUUCAGAAAUUGCAAAGCCGCCAUACUUUACAGAGCAUUGGUAUGAUAAAUAUCGGUUCAAGCGCGAGAAAAAUGUCUUUUUUAAUGGACAGUAGCUCAACCAGUACCAAUUUAUAUCAUCAGUUAUCGCAACGUGAAAAUAACAUAAAAUCUCAAAAUCAGCCCCGCACUUUCACCUCCCAUUUGUAUCGGGAACGUUUGCGUGUCGCGAAAAAUCUCUAUAAAACGGAUUUAAUUGGCCAUUAUGGCUGCGUGAACGCUAUCGAGUUUUCGCAUGGUGGCCAAUUCUUAGCCUCAGGCGGCGAUGAUAAACGCGUUCUGAUCUGGAAUAUUGAAAGGUCGUUGGCCGGUAUAGGGAGGCCACGUGCCUUAGAUACCGAACACGCCAGUAACAUUUUCUGUUUGGGUUUCGAUAGUCAAAAUCAUAAACUAAUUUCUGGCGGCAAUGACGAUCUGGUUAUUUCACAUGAUUUUGAAACUGGGAAAUUGGAUAAUGUAUUUAAACAAGAUAAUCCCGUGUACGGGCUUUCGAUUGAUCCACAAAAUGACAGCAUAUUUGCCACGGCCUCGGAAAAUGGAAAAGUUCUACUGUUCGAUCAACGUGCCGAUCCUACAGAUCCCUUCGUAGUAGCUGACCUUCGUUCAUCUUUCCAUGCUGUAGAAUUUCAUCCUGCGGGCGGCAAUCUCUUGAUAACAGCUAACUCGAAACAUGGCGCCGCUUUAUAUGACAUACGCAAACCUAACCAGGCUGUCAUGCGGUAUCGUCACUUUAAAGACCCGCCCACUUGCAUGAGCGUGCGUUUUAAUCGUACUGGCAAUUUAAUACUGGCUCUACGACGCCGCUUGCCUCCAAUACUGUAUAGGUUGCAUUCAUCGGAUCCGACUUGUACCUUCUAUCACAAAAAUUAUUACAACUCAUGCACAAUGAAAAGUUGCACUUUCGCUGGCGAAGAUGACGAACUGGUUUUAUCGGGCUCUGAUGAUUUUAAUUUAUAUGUAUGGAGAUUAUCGGAUAUAGACUUGGAGAAGACCGAUCAAUGGGUAGAGACCGCUCAAAUGGUUUUGUUCGGUCAUCGUUCUAUUGUCAAUCAAGUGCGCUACAAUCGUCAAAAAUGCUUGCUGGCUUCGUCAGGAGUAGAGAAAAUUGUUAAAAUUUGGAGUCCAUUUUCACAACAUAAUUGGUCGGGUAGUUUAUUGGAGGAGGCUACCUGCUCGGAUAAUCCUCGCGAAAUUUUCUCUCCAUUCUUUGUAAACGUUAUGACUGUCUCUUCGUUGUCACAUGACUACAGUAGCCGCAAUACAAACGAAGAUCCCCGCAUGCUGGCGUUCUUUGACUCAUUAAUUCGUCAAGAGAUCGAUGGCCUGGAAUCCAAUAUUUCCACAGACUCAUCAAUUGAAACGGAAACAGGCAGCUCAUCUAAUUUAAGUUUAGAUAGUAGCAGUUCUAGCAGUAGCAGCAGCGAUAGUAGUAGUACGAGCACUGACAGCGAUGGCGAUGACGGUAAUAAUGAUAACAAUCAAGUCAAAGCAGUUGUAGCAACCGGAGGAGGAGCAGCAGCGACACCAACUACGCAACGUACUAACUCGAACAGUAAGCGGAUUAUUAGACGCAGAUUGAUCACACGUCGCAGGGUGCAGCGUAUCAAACGUAGUCAUUUUGAAAAUAUGAAGCACAUAUUUAAGAUACGACAACCAAAGCAGCAGCAUAAAAAGCGCAUCGGUUACUUAAUACCAAAAAGCAGUCGAACAUUGAGACUGUUAGCUCUUGAGGGAGGGGCCUUGUCUCAUAACCGCUAUCAUAUGGCAAAUCAACCGCGUAGAUUGCAACGUGGUCACGGUCACGGUUUGCUUCGUCUGAAAAACAAUGAUAAGCCAACAACAUCAUCAGCUGCGGCUGCAACCAUUAGUGCUUCCUCUUCUUCUCAUAAAAAGAAAAACCAAAAGAGAAAAACUAAAGUCCAAAAAUAUAUUGAUUCUACUGUGUCAUCAGAAGAAAAUUCUGCCACCACAAACACGCUACGAGCGUUAUCCAAUAAUACGCAAGCUGUAGUACCUAGCACAAGUACUGGCAUAACCACUAGUUUAAGAGAUGAUAUUUUACGCUUACGUCGUCAACAGCAGCUUAUAUUUGAGUCCGAUGAGGACGACGAUGAUGAUGAUGAGACGACAGCUUCCACAAGUGAAUCACGUAGCGAUCGUUUACCACAUCCCACAAAGAAGCUGAAUGGUUUGCAACGCGGCUCCUCGAAUGUUACAACGACAACAGCGGCACAUCGAUCUUUGAGAACCUAUCAGGGUCCAAAACAUUCAGCAGCAUUAAAUAUCGAUUCAACACAUCACUUAAAUAUCAACACAACAACAACAACAACAACAACAACAGCAACAACAAUGCUACCUCAACAAACAAAUCCUACAACUCCACAUAGUGAUCAACACAACAUUCAACAGUCACAUAACAGUAGUAGUAGUAGUAAUAACAACAAUAACAACAACAACAGUAACAGUAACAACAACAACAGCAAUCGUCGUCAUCACGAGACAGCUGAAAGAAUAGCGAGUAAUUGCGGUAACAGAAUUCCGAAGAAAAGACGACGAACCAAUGCAAGUGCAAAUGCAAAUGAAUUUCCGGAUAAUUAUUCUUCCAAUUCAAGACUCUCGAACAGUAGCUAUCCAAGUGAUUUUUAUAAUCACACAACAGAGCAGGCGUCUUCAACGUCUAGCGACACAACAACUAACAAUUGUAAUAAGCGUGAAAAAGAUUCAUCUAAACCCACAACCUCAUUAUCAUUAUCAUUGACAAAGCCCGGUAAACGUCGUCAGCUAUCUAUAGCGGAUUAUAUCAAUAAACGACAGCACUACGAGAACGGACCUAAUAGCGACGAAAAUGAUAAUUAUGGAGCCGCCUUAGAAGAAAACAAUAAUGAGCAAAACAAUAACGAUAUAUUUGUGAAUGAUCAUAGCUCGCAAUUUAACGGGCAACAGACACCACCGCGAACUGGCUUAACUAACAGUCGUGGACUAACUACAACAACAAACGGCACAACCAAUAGCUUGCCGAAUAAUGCAUUAUUCACACCGGAUAGCGGUAUUAGUUUGAAUAACUCAAACACGCCCAUUACAAGCGGACUGUUUCUGAGUAAUUAUCAUAACGAUACCAUGGCCUCAACUUCUAGGGCGUCAACACGACUAUCACCUUGCCUACAAGUGAACGACUUUGACAGUAAUGAUAAAUCGGGAACUAAUUACGAUGAUGAAGGUGUAGUAGUUAAUCGUACUAACAAUAACGGCAACAGUAAUAGCCAAAACACUACCAGAGUUAACGCGUUUCAGCAAAAAGUGUCACGUAUAAGACGCAACUAUGCCAAACAGUUUGCCGGCGAUGAUUCUGAGAGCGAUUGAAAUUAAUAAAUAAAAAAAAAAAAAAAAAAAAAAACGUA